UUCCGAAGAAUGACCUACUGAGGAAACUACGAAACAUGAGCGAGUCUUUCCUGUGUUUUGCUAGUAAUGGCUGCACUUUCAACGAUGGAUGAGCAGCACUGCUCUAGCUCGGUGUACAUCCCUGGUUUCAUGUCUUAUCGCCCUUUUCAACCUGAGCUACACGGUUUGGAUAAAGAUUUCCGGUUAACCCACUUUUCUGAACUUAAGGGAUGAGGUUGCAAAGUCCCUCAGGAGGCACUGCUCAAACUCCUGGAGGGACUGCGACGGGAGCCAGGCAGCGACCUGCAACAGCAGGAUGGCGAUGUCUUCCUUCUUGGCAGCGGUUUGCCGGCUCCCAGACUUGGGUCGUAUUGCUUGUGCAAAUGUUUUAAGUGAUUUGUAUGCAAUGGGAAUAACGGAGUGUGAUAACAUGCUUAUGCUUCUAAGUGUCAGCCAGAAGAUGAGUGAAAAGGAUCGUGAGAAGGUCAUGCCUUUGCUUAUCAGUGGAUUUCGAGAUGCUGCUGAGGAAGCUGGAACCUCUGUCACUGGGGGUCAGACUGUGGUCAAUCCCUGGAUAAUUGUAGGAGGCGUAGCUACUGUGGUCUGCCAGCCUAAUGAAUUCAUCAUGCCUGACAGUGCUGUUCCUGGAGACGUACUAGUGCUAACCAAACCACUUGGAACACAAGUUGCCGUUAAUGCUCACCAGUGGCUGGAUAUUCCGGAGAAAUGGAACAAAAUAAAGCUGGUGGUAUCAAGAGAAGAUGUGGAGCUUGCCUAUCAGGAAGCCAUGUUUAAUAUGGCUACACUGAACCGAACAGCUGCUGCUUUGAUGCACACAUUUAAUGCUCAUGCGGCAACAGAUGUCACAGGCUUUGGAAUUCUUGGACAUGCACAAAACCUUGCCAAGCAGCAGCGUAAUGAAGUGUCAUUUGUCAUCCACAAUCUCCCAAUCAUUGCUAAAAUGGCAGCAAUCAGCAAGGCAGGUGGUAACUUGUUUGGACUGCUUCAAGGGCGUUCCUCAGAAACCUCAGGUGGACUUCUAAUUUGCCUUCCUCGUGAACAAGCAGCUCGCUUCUGUGCUGAAAUUAAGUCACCCAAAUAUGGAGAAGGACACCAGGCGUGGAUUAUUGGGAUUGUUGAGAAAGGCAAUCGUGUUGCACGAAUCAUUGACAAGCCUCGCAUCAUUGAAGUGACACCAAGAGGAGCUACAGCCACCUCUUACGACACCAACUUAAAUGCUAGUCCAGAAACUUCAUAUUGAGACAACAGGAUUACCUUCUCCUGGACUCUGUAGAUCUAGUGAUCUUUGUUGUGAUGAAACACUGGGGCUCGCUGACCAUAGGACUGAAAUGAGUAGCUUAAGUAUGAAAAUGUAAGAGGAAGUCUGGAUCAAAAAUCAUUUCAUAUGUUAAACAUUUUAAAGUUGUUUUUGAAAUAGUUUGCCACAUCUCGCAUCUUGAAGGACAUUUCUUUGGUUUUGCACAUCUAUAUUUGAAGUAAUAAGAAAGUAAAGACGUAAACUAAUUAGGUACACAGUGAUGCACUGUUUAGGUGGUUCCAGUUCUGCGGUGUAUAGUUUCAAAUAUUGUACACUACUGAUAUUAAAAUCAUUUUAGGAUAUUGAGGACCUGGCCUUCAUAUUAAAAAGUGAUAGUAAUUAUAAAAAGGGAAGGUACUGUACAUGACGGAAUACUGCUUUGAUAGCUGAUUAUUUUUGGUUUUUGACCGUUGCACUUCCUUAUUUGGUAUACAUUUGUAGAAGUCUACUACAGGUCUGCAUCAGAUUUUAAAAGUAGGAAAACAGUAAUGCUCCCUGUAGUCUGCUAAUAAAAUUGGGAAAGGCACAGUUUGUAUUUCACAGAUAAUAGGUUAAGUGAAGCAGUUGCAGCUAGACAGAAUCUAGUUUUGCUUGAUAGACUGAAAAGAGGCAGUGUUUGACAGACCAGAGGCAGAACAUAAAGGUUAAUUCUUCAUGUAAUUGUCUGUAGUUUAGUUUUAAAUUGAUGGAAGUAGCAAGAGAUUACUGCAUCAAUUACUGUGGAACUUUAGUCAUCCUUAUGUUCUGGUUUUAACCUGAACACAUCCUUAUUACUACUAAUCUUAAUAUAGCUCAAUGUUUUGUUACAUGUUAUGACCAUUUAAACAAUUUCAUACAGAUUUAAUACUUGCAGAACAGAAGAGCUUAAAGCAUGUCUUUUACACACUGCCUGUUUAAAGCGAGUAAAUCUAGUAUAUAUACCUUUUCAGAAUGUUAAAAGAAUUGUUUUGUGUAAAAUAUCACCAAUGAUGUCAGGUUUCCAUUUUUAAUGUUAAGUACAAGAAGGUCCUGUGAGCCAUUAGAAGGGUGGCUAGAUUGGUCUGUCUGAUACCAUCACUUUUAAAUUCAUUUAUUUUAAAUAACACUUAUCUAGUUUAGGCAGUAGAUAACCUGACCUGAUUGUAUGGCAACACCUCUUUUAUUAGUGAGUAUUUUGGUUUGCUGCCUUGCUUUUCUGAUGAGGGAUUGUAAGAAUGAUGUAAAGGAAUGAGAUUUGCAGCAAGGGCUGUGUGGCUUCCAGUAUCCCCGCAUUUGCAUAAAAUGGUAUGCAGUCUGAACUAACACUUAAGUUGAACACAGCUGUCACUUUUACAUUGCAGGAGCGACAUAAAAAAGACACUUAAGCAAAACUGCCAGAUGACAGUGUUCCACACACUACUCCCUUUCCCAAUCCACAUGCUGCCCCCCCCCCCCCAAAUGCUCUGCAGGGAGGGGGGUUGAGCCUUCUAAUGGCACACCAGCAGGAUGGCCAGAUGCACACACUCACUCCACCAGAACUAUUUUUUGUUUGCUGUUCCAUUAAUCAGGUACCUAGGACUCAAGAAAUACAGAAGCCAAUCGGGCCCGUAUUCUGCAAUCUGCCCAGACCCUCCUUCCUAGAAUUGAGAGAGAAAGGAAUCUUUUUUUUUUUAGUUGUGUCUGAGUGAUCAGGAUCUGCUGAUUGUGCCCCCCCCCCCCCCCCCCCCCAUUGCCAUACAGUAGCUACACUACUGAGCUUCUCCACUUUGAUGAAAGUUGAGAUACUAUUUCAUUUAACUGGUCAAUGGUAUUUAUAUAGUAUGGUGUGCUGCUUUCAGGAAGCAUCUCCCACUAGAAGUCAUUUUUGUUAAACCUGGGUCCAUAUAGCUAGGUGGCUCUUUUCAAUGUUAUGUAGUACAUUUUUGCAUGGCCUCCCCAGACAUAGAUUGUGUUUCAUAAGUGUGGAUAUUGAAAUUCUUUGUGCUGAUUGACAUCUGAUAUUAGUGCAGUAUUAAAACUCCACUUCUGCUGACAUGCCCUUUCCCUCUGUGUACGUUAGCUCACAUAAUUGUUCUUUUAAUGGUUGUAGGCCUUGUAGUGCUUAUUCUUGCACAUGUUUUUUUUUUUUUUUUUGGGGGGGGGGGGGUGUUAACUGAUUCAGUAUGCCAACACCAAGCCCUUAUUUGUUUAUAGACGUAGGUAUGCAUAAUUUCAGCUGUGUACGUGGAAUUUAUCUAAGACUAGUGUACGAGUAAUAAGGAUGUAGCUACCCUAAUAAAAUUCUAAAAUUCUUCACAAAAACUGAGACUGCUCUAGCUAACCACCUGGACUGAUUUAAUAGCCUAUGCGGGAUGGCUGAACAGAUUUAAUCACAUUACUGACUUUUCGUGCUGUCAUAGUGGAUAUCCUCACUUAUUGUGUGCAAAGAUUCAAUAAGUACUAGACCCAUAGGAUUUUGUGAUGAUGCAUCAUAGUGCUGAUUAACGCAGGAACUUAUUUCAUUUGUCUAUAAAUUGCUGUGGUCUUAAAUGUAUUAGAUUCCUGGAGAGGAGUGACAAAAAUCACAGCUGUAUGCUGACAGUCGUACCUGUUGAGGGAAGUUGAAUACAAUUGAAGUGUGAGGUUUUUUGAAUACAGUUGAAAAGGGUGAGGUUUUUGUAUUUUCCUGCUUCCUAACAGUGUUUAUCCAGUUUGAAAGUAGCAGAUCAAAAUAGUGAAUUUCUGUUUUAGAUAUUCAAAAUCACUGUACCAUUUCCUGUAAUUGUGCAGUGUUUGGAGAUGGCAAGGUUGCACUGGAAUGUUGUCUGCAGCUGUAAUAGUACUGCUUAGUGUGAUCAGGGCAAGUAGAUCACUGUUUUGCAGUAAUGUGUUUUUUUUUUUUUUUUUUUUUUUUGUGGGUGUGGGGCAAAGGGUGCUGAAUCUUUACUAAAUACCCCAUUUAGGAAGGGUGGCAGUUUGACAAUCUGAACUGGAAUUCUCUAAAUGCUGCAUUUCUGUAUAACAAAAUUAAACCCUUUUUGACUAGGGCUGAACAAGCCUACUGUAUAGAAAACAAAAAUUGUACCCCAUUUCACCUUGGGUACUAUGGAUUGCUGACCACCAUGUUGGAGAUUGAUUUCAGGUAAAAGAAUAUUUAAAACAAAGUAUGCAGUUGCAUUUGACUUUCAGUCAUUGUUCUUUUUUUUCUUUAAUGGAAGUGUAUUUUGCCUUUCUUUUUCACCUGUGGGUUUGUGCUAACAAAUGCAAAAGUGGAGGAUCACUGAAUGGUAGUGCUUCAGUGGGUAGGAUAAGGCACAUACAGUUGUACUUAACACAGAUGUAAAUUUAAAUGAUUGCAUAAUGUUUCUUUUAUUUUACUUCAUUUAAACAUGCAGUCCAAAAAGCCACUUUUGCUUUUGGUCAGAAUUGAGCAGCUGGUCAUAAAGCAUAACUGGUUUCUAUAAAAUAAGGUAUGAAUUGCUUCACUUGUAUUUUGUGUCUUCUCUCUGAAGAUGAGGCUUCUUCUGAAAAACCUGUUCAUAGGGUGGAGGAGGCUGAUGGUAGCAGAGGGAUGACAUUGUGAAGGAGCAGUUCAUGGAGGAGGUCUUACAAUUGUAAAAAAGAGCGUUCACUCAAUAAAAGUGCGUUUCUAAACAA